AUGGGUUUAUUUAAUAUUUGUCAUUUAUACAGUAAACAUGCCAAAGCCGUCAACCUAAUGCUGCUGAUUGGUGUGUCUACAUCUUAUAUAACCUGCACUGAUAAUUACUAUUGUUUUACUAAUAUAACUUUUUUUUCUCUUAAUUGGAAUUUAAGUAGAUUAAUGUAA